UUCCAACUCUAAAAAAUUCAGUGAAAUUCAGUGAAAUCUUUAAGGUCCCUUCCAACCUAGAAGAUUCUGUGAUUCUGUAAAGGCUUGUGUCUGCAGGAAACCCUCUGCAGAGACCUGGGGAAGCCACCGCAUCCCUCAGGCCCCCCCAGCGUGUCCCAGCAGAAGGGGUUUCCCUUAUGCCAGAGAUGGGGGGGCAACACCAUGGGGGUGCUGCAAGAGGUGGCCACGGCUGCUGGCCAAGGGGUCCCAGCUUCCCAUCUGGGGCUUUGCUCGCCCAAACGGUGCUUCCCAGGGCUCCUGCUCCGUGGUCCCUGUGUGACUCACCGGCCACGGGACCGUCCGGCUCCGGCGGUCGCUCCGGUUCCUCCGUGGUGGCCCCACGCUCUGAUCUGCCAGCCCUUCUCAGCCCCGAGCGGGACGCGGCUCCUCGGCUCUCCCCAGCCCCAGGCGAGGGAAACCCGGGUCCCAUGGCCAGGCAAGCUCGGGGGGGGGCUCCUGGGAACCCCCCUCCUGCAGCCACCACCGAGGGGCUGAGCGCCCCGGGGCUGGUGAAGAACUGGCCACUGGCCCCUCCGCUUUGGGAAGGGCUCCUGGGCACAGCCUUUGGGGGAAAACAUGUUUUUCUCUCAAAUUUGCCCGCUCCAUGGUGGCACACGGGCACCUGUCGCUGCUUCGGCCGGGGAUGCCCAAACCUCUGUGUCCCCCCAAACCUCUGUGUCCCCCCACACCGUGGGGCAACCGAGGGUCCCGCCGUGGCUCCUCUCGAUCUCUCUCCCCCAGGUCUUCCUGCUGACGUGCAUCUACCUGCCGGCCUCGCUGCUGAGCCUCCUGGGCAGUGGGUCGGUCCUCACCGUCACCUCCCGGCGCAGGCGAUGCUGCCACAUCCAGCUUCGCCCCCUUUUCCUCCUCGCCCUGGCGGAUUUCCUGGCCGCCGCGGCGGUGCUGGGCACGGCCACCAUCCAGCUGCUGCCAGCCCGGCUCUUCAUCCCCGCGUACGCUGCCUGCCCCUACGGACAGAUGCUGGCCACGACCUUCUACGCCGUCUCGUUCCUGAUGGUCAUCGUCUACGCGUACGAAGCCUAUCGCACCGUCCAGGGCUGGAGAGCCUGGCACGUCGCAGCGCUGCAGGAGAGGAGCGAGUGCCUGGAGAGCCUGUGGCAGGGGCUGCCCUACAUCUUGGCCUGGCUGGUGCCGGCGCUCACCCUCCUGGGGCAGCUGAUCGCCCACGGCACCUCCACCACCACCGACAUCGCCCCAAAACCCAUCGAGCCCGUCCUGCCGUGGAGAGGAAACUGCUCCAAUGAGACCUACAGCCUUUACUGCUCCAGCUGCCUGCUCCUCAUCCGCCGGGCCCAGGAUAUCUGCUUCCAGUACGUGGGUAGGAAGGACGUGGGCCUGGAGGGCAAAAUCAUCUUCUUCUUGUACCUGCUGCUGGUGCUGAGCUGCUGCACGCUCCUCUACCGCCGGGUGAAGCUCUGGUGCCGGAGGAACGCGGCGGAGCCCCUGCUCACCCUGGAGAAGGACGGCUUCGCAGGCAGGAGCAUCCGCAGCGUCAGCAGGGUCUCCCACUACUUCCAGCUGGUUUUCCUGCUCUGCUGGGCACCAGCCUUCCUCCUCACCCUCCUCUCCUUCACCAGCAUCAAACCUUCUUCGGUCUUUGUCCUCUACAUUGCUACGGCCCUGACCGUCUCCCUCCAGGGCUUCCUCCACAGCUUGGUCUAUGGCUGGAUGAGGAGAAACUUCCGUCAGGAGGCGGUGGACGGAAGACCCUCCCUGCAGCACCCCCGGGGCCUCCAGGCUUUCUAUGAUGAGUCCCUGGGGGCUGGUCCUUAGGCUGCCCCCCAGCCUGGGCUGCCCCAAAGCCUGGGUGGGAUUUACACUGUCCCAGGAAGCUCCACACAGCCCAUCCAUGGCCGGGCAGGAUCUCCCCAGGCUCGUCCCUUCGUGCCUGGAAGGGCUGGAGCAAGGGCAGGUUCCCCCCCGUGCUGGGUGCUGCGGUGGCUCUGUCCCCAUGAGAAUCCCACCUGUAGGGCCUUGGCUUCCCACCCCCCUGCACCAUGGAGACACCAAAACCAGGAGAGACCCAUUGGGAGGUGGGACAGACUGGAAGAAGGAUGUCCCUGAUCUGUACCACCUCUCAGCCAUCAGCAGCAGAAGGGCUCCACAGGCCCAGGAGCACUCAGGUGCCGUGGGACAAGGCUGGUGGCAUGUAAAUUUGGCAACCCCCAGACCUUCCAGUGACUGAGCAUGGACUGUGGCUGCCCCAGGGGAGGUGGUGGCUCUUUCUGGUUUGUUGGGGCUUGUUUGGGUUCUGCUUUCUGCCAGAGCAAUCCCAGUUUCUCCGCGGGGCUCAGGAG